GGGAGCACCAGUGCACUUCCCAGUCAGAUGUACAGAUGCUUUAACAUUCAUAGGAAUAACAACAUCUUAAGUUGCAGAACACUUGGAACUCAGGCCUGGUUCAGAUUCUGUCUCCUCCCUUCAAUCUCUUCCACCUCCCAUUAUUCCACAAUUUCCUUUCCAGGAAGAGUUUUUUUGGAUUAAGAACUGAACCGUUACAGUGUGACAACACUGGUACAAUGCUCUAGCAAGAUCAUGCGCUGUGUUUGACACCAGACCAGGAUCAAGGCACCUUGUGGAAUGGAAAAUAAAAUUGUUGCACUAUAAAAUUAUGUGAAUCAGCCUGAUGAUUUUAGCACUAACUUCUGUUUAAAUGACGCAACUCUGGUUUAACAAGGAGAAAACAAGGAUUUUUUAACAGAAAGGUAAAGUCCACUGUCCAGGAUAAAUGGAGAACAAAGAUCUCCCUCUCAUUGCAAAUGAGUACCAGGAGAAUGGGUCAACGUUCGAAGAGUCAAUUGAUGAGUUUGUUGGAAGGAACCUCUCAAAGCUGAACCUCUGCGAAGAAAGGCCAACUGGGAGAAGAAGGGUUCCCAGCAACCUCUGCAACCAUUGGAGCUCAAUGGGAGGCAUCAGAUGUGCGAUAGCUGUCCUAUAUCUUCUUGUUUUCCUCAUUUGCAUUGGAAUUAUCAUUGUUGCAGUUCCCAGACAUCAACGCUCACCCGUUGACUGGAAAGUAUUGACAGACAACAUUACAACCUUAGGUGAAGACUUCAAAGACAUGCAACAAGCAAUGGAGGAAAAGGCAUCUCAGGCAGAUGUCAUGGAUAAUAUUUUGAAACUGAAUGACCUUUUCCGGAAUCGCUCAGCACUCUGGCUUCAACUGAGAGAAUCUGUUCAGAGACUGGAAAACAAGCUGCAGAGCUUUGAAUCACGCAUGGAUGACAUUAAUGCAUCUGUGAUUGAUUUAGAAGAUGAUUUACAACAGUUUAGUUUAACAAACAGACAAGUCAUAUACAAUUUGUCUCUCAAUUUAGGUAUUGCACAGGAUGCAUUCCAAAAGCAACAAGCAAACUUGAAACAGAUAACAUCCAACGUAGGAAAUCUGAGUCGGCAGGUGAAGGAGGUACGUUGGACACUAACUAUAGUCAACAGCACCUUCAAAGAGGACAUUAGCUACUAUCACACAAGACUUCAGCAGUUUCAAAUACGCUUAGCAAAUGUAUCAGAAGAUGCAAAGAUCCUUAAAGUCGUUCAGCAGAACACCGAGAAACGACUGAAGGAAGAGGUGGCUGUACUCAACAAUGUCACAGAGGAUCUGAGACUGAAGGACUGGGAACAUUCACUUACUCUGAGAAACCUCACCUUGGUGCAAGGACCUCCUGGGCCAAAAGGUGAUAAAGGCGAUCAAGGAUUACAGGGGGCAGUUGGACUAACUGGAUUUCCCGGGGCUGAUGGGAUACCUGGUAGUCCAGGAAUGCCUGGAUUACCCGGCCUCAAAGGAGAUCCUGGAGAACGUGGCCCACCCGGGUUUUCUGUCAAGGGACAAAAAGGAUCAUGGGGUCGCAGAGGUGAAAGGGGAAGAAAAGGAGAAAAAGGGGAGAAGGGUAAUAUUGGAGAAAUCGGACCCGUGGUAAGACUGGUGAAUGGCUCUGGACCUCAUGAAGGCAGAGUUGAGGUUUUCUACGACUCGCUGUGGGGAACGGUGUGUGAUGACAAAUGGGACAAGUUGGAUGGAGAGGUGGUCUGUAGGAUGCUUGGCUAUAAAGAAGUUUCUGAAACCCCUACAUCAAAGAAGUUUGGACAAGGUACGGGGCAAAUCUGGAUGGAUGAUGUGGCCUGUACAGGGACCGAGGACACAAUUCUCCAAUGCAAAUUCGCAGGCUGGGGCAAGACUAACUGCGGACAUGCAGAAGAUGCGGGUCUUAUUUGCAAGGUCGACUGAUGUGAGAAGGAAGACCCUUAAACAUCCAAAGGGCGUCACACAUUUAAAAUCAGUUUUGUUUCUAUUUCGAUUUAUUUUCACCUAUUAAAAAAUUAUGACAAGCGAACCCAUUCCCUACUCUCCAUGAUUUUAUCAUUUUAUGCCACAACAUCUGUAGAAGACAACUAUAUUCAGAAGUAUUAUCUGUGGAAAAAGAUAAAAUAUUAUAAUAAAUAUUGUUAUGUUGUUUGAUAAUCAUUUAAUGCACUGAGGAAUACAGACACCGUUUUUAUUGUGCAUGUUGAAGACAGAAUAUUGAAGAUCAUCGACUCAAUAAAUAUUACCA